AUGCUCGCCUUCUGGGUGCUCCUCUUGGCCGGCGCGGCAGCGCAGCGGCCCGUGAUCAUCAGCACCGACCCAGGAAUCGACGAUUCGAUCGCGCUGCUGUUGGCAUUGGCGUCGCCUGAGUUGGACGUUCGGGCGGUGUGUAUCAAUUUCGGCUCGCUUCACAAUACUUCGCAGCUGGCGCAGAAUGCUUUGGACAUCCUGGCACUUGCCGGGCGUGAGGACAUCCCUGUGUUCCUGGGCGCCACGGAUCCCAUCUCGCAACCUUUUCACGACCUUGGCGGGCCGAAGUUCCAUGGCACGGACGGUCUCGGAGGCGUGCGGCUCCCCCACUCACGGGCGACCGUGAACACCUCUGUGAGCGCCGUGGAGUUCAUCGUGCACGCCUGUCGCAGCUGGCAGCCUGCGCCGCUGCUGGUGUCCCUUGCGCCCCUGACGAACGUGGCCUUGGCCUUGAAUUUGGACCCCAAGCUGCCCGAGAGGUGCCCUGAUCUGUUUUUGAUGGGUGGCACCGUGGCCGCGCCUGGGAAUGUGGGCCCGAUGUCGGAGGCCAACAUUGCCAAUGACCCGGAGGCAGCUGCGCGUGUGCUCUCUGCUGGCUUCAAUACGCAGGUGGCCGCGCUGGAUGUCACGAUGGCGUCCUGGCUGCCGCCGAAGUUCCUCGCCUCUCUGCGAGACCUUCCGAAUGACGCAGGUCCCUUCAUCUGGCAGUCGACCCGCUUCUAUGAGCGGGCUUACGAGACGAUCGGCGGGUUCGAGGGUGGCAUGCCAUUGCAUGAUCCAACGACGCUCUUGCUGUACCUGAAGCCUGAGCUCUACCAGCUCCACCGUUGGCCAGUGACUGUGGACACUAGCCAAUAUCCAAGUGUCUCCCGCGGAAUUUUGGUUGUCGACCGCCGCGGUGGUCCCAAAAGCCCGCCUCCACCCGACACUGACAAGGUGCACUUCCCCAUGCAAGUGGACGUCGCCGGCGUGCAGGAGUUCCUGCUCUCCCGGCUCCGUGCGCUUCCCGCGGGACGCCUGCAAAUCCUCUCUGAGUAG